AUGAGGGUAGAUACUUUAGUUAUUUUUCCUUUAUAUUGUAUGAUUGGAUUUGUAUUAUAUUCAGUUCAAUCACAACAUAACACUUAUGGAGAUGACUCUCAUAUUACGUGUCAACAAUCACCUUUUUAUUAUACUAUUACUGGGUUACCUAAACAAUGUGGUUGGAAUGAUUUUGACUAUUAUUUAAUUAUAGCACUGAUGAUUUGUGAUGUUAUUUCUUCAAUUCUUUGUUAUUUGGUAAGUAGUUCUUUGAAAUAUGUUUUAAUGAUUUUUGGUCAAAUAACAUUAUUUUCUUUUAUGUAUCUUUAUAAACAUGCUUAUGAUGCACAUGCAUAUUGUCAAAGCUUUAUUUUAUCCACAUUGAAGACAGAAAAAAAAAGAAUUAUAUGUAAAGAUGAUUCGUUUUAUAUUCUUGUUGGAAUGAUAUUUUUUAUUUCUCUAUUGCUAAUAUUCCAUUCAUUAUGUUAUAUCAUUAAAGACCCGAAUGGAAUUACAAUGGGAGAAUUGAAUUUUGGUACUUCUAUACAAGAGCAAAGUACAGAUAAAUAUGCACGAGAUGUUCGUGUUGCAGAAAAACCAAAAACAAUCAAAGAAAAAUGUGAUUAA